AUGUUACCCCGGCUAUGUAUACAGACAGGCUGUGAUCGUAGUAUUGAAGAGUUGUGUUGUGGUGAUGAGAGGGGGAUUGAUGUGAUUGGGGGGCGGGGCCUUGUCGACCAAAUAACGCAACGAGAUGAUGUCGUAGAUGACGACGACGACGCCGAGGAGGAGAAGGAGGAGGAGAAGAUGGACAACGAUGACGAUGGCGGCGAUCGGUUGGUUGGUUGGAUGAACCUGAACCGAUGGAUGUACGGAGACGGCGCCAUUACUAACGUACCUAAAAAAUGA